CAGGUUCUUCCAGUCCCCGAAACGGUUAUCGGGGGCGGAGAGAGAGAGAGAGAUCUUCCUCCAUCCACCUCUGCUCUAUUCCUCAUCUUUCCGACUUCCACCUCAAUUCCUAUAUGAACCGAAGAAGGAGAAUGGCUAAAACUCACUGACUUUAGCAGUUACUGCUCGUCUUAUAGGAGUUUUUCUUGUGUCAUGAUGUGGAAAUUUGCUUCAAAUGCCAUUGCAAGCAUUGGACUGAAGAAAAACUCACUAGAGUCAAGUCGAGCUUGUCCAGAGUGCUCAGAUGAUGAAGUGUGUUCAAAUUCUAGCCGAGAGGAAGGACUGGAAUGCCCAAUAUGCUGGGAGUCUUUCAAUAUUGUUGAGAAUGUCCCCUAUGUGUUAUGGUGCGGUCACACGCUCUGCAAAAAUUGUAUCCUAGCGCUUCAAUUGGCUGUCUUGAAAUUCCCCGCUCAACAAAUCACAAUUCCAUUCUUCAUUUCCUGUCCAUGGUGCCACUUGUUAUCAUUCCGGCUGGUUUAUAAGGGAAACCUUAGCUACCCUUGCAAAAAUUUCUUCCUUCUUUGGAUGGUUGAGAGCUUGAAUGGCGAUGGAUUGAAGUUCAAUUCCUCCUCCUGUGGUGAAAAUCAACCGACUUGGUCUCCAAGAUGCAAUCUUGCUCUUGGAAAUCAAGCUACCAAUGGUAAUCUCAGAAGGGCCCCUCCUACCCGUAGCCCUGGACAACAGGGGUCUAACGUUGAUAAUGGUAGCAGCAUUGUGGAGAGACACCAAUUUUCCCUUCAUAAAUCUCUGGAUUUCUUUAUUCACUUCACAUCCAAGUUCCCUUUGGUCAUCAUAUUUCUUCUGAUUGCCUUUUUUGUUGUACCUGGCUGUGCUGUCAUCUUAGCCCUCUACUUACUAGUUACAGUUGUUUUUGCAAUCCCUUCUUUCUUGGUAUUGUAUUUUGCUUACCCUACUUUGGAGAGGCUGGUGAGGGAAAUAACCUCAUGAGAUGUAGUUGGUCCAAUUUCUCUUUUCUGAAUUCACCCCCAUUGCCUGUUAUCGAAAUUGGUCACUCCACUACACUUUCUAGCAGUUUGUGUCUUUUCGAGGUCAAGAAGCUUUUAAUAUUUUUCCCAAAGUUUAUAUGUGAUGCCAUGGAAGCUUCAAGAACCUGAGAGGCAUGGUCCUGUCAUUGAAUUCUUUACUUUGAGAGUGAUUGUCAGUGAUUUGGAUGAACAUAUUGUACGAACUCGAGUGUGCAUAAGAAUAUAUUUUACCCAGUGCUUCUGGUGGUGAUACCUGAUUAUUUAUUUA